AUGCUGGCCGUCCUGCUCGCGCUGUCGUGCGCGCUUCCCUUCGUGGUUGCUGCCGUGGCUGGCCUCUACGUGGUCUAUGCUGUCUUGAUGAAGCCGGCCAAACACCGCUUCCCCCCGGCCAGCGACGUGUCUUCAGCUGCUCGUUCGAAGGUGGUGAUCUGCGUUGGAGAUUCCCUUACCCAGGCCACAGUCUCGGGUGACUGGCUGGGAAUCUUACGCGCUCGAUUUCCCGAGCUGUCAUUCCUCAACGCUGGCGUCAACGGAGACUGUGCCUACAACGUGGCCGUGAAGGCCAGGGCAAUCCGUGAGUGUCGGCCAGCCGCCGUCGUGGUCCUCGUAGGGACCAACGAUGCCAAAGCCGAAUUGAACGGGAGCUGGGGGAAGCACAGCCGGCUCUACAACGGCUUGCCUCAGGAGCCAAGCUACGACUUUUUCCGCUCCUCGCUGGGAUCAGCGCUCGAAAUCCUUCUCGGCCUUGAUCCUGUCGAGCGACCUUGUCUGGCGGUGCUCACGCUGCCCAUGCUCGGGGAGACUCCGGAUCACAUCGGGAACAGGGAAGUAGUGUCGCGAUACAACCAAGCUCUGAAAGAUGUGGCUGCCGAUGCCGGCAAGGCUGGCGGUGACCUGGAGGUCCUGGAUCUCAACAGGGCCCUGUGGCUACGGGUGAAGGAGCUGGAAUCCACCACUCGUGCCCUGCAGCCACCUCCUGUGGCGAAGUUCAUGGGCCUCAUGUGGCAGGGUGCUGCUCUUCACUACCUGCUGGGUUGGAGCUGGGAUUCUGUGGGCCGGCGACAGGGGCAGACGGUGAUGUCUGAUGCCUUGCACCUGAAUGAUACUGGGGCAGCCGUCAUCGCUCAGCUCGUUGGUGACUGGCUGGUGAAAACAGGCAACCGCAGCCUGGGUGAGGCAACGCCGACGAAGGAGUAUCACCUGCGAUACUUCCGCAUCGUCGGCCUAAUCGGCGAGGGCAGCUUUGGGAGCGUCUACGAGGUCUGCGACCUUCGCCCCACUUUGAGUGGGGCAAAUCCCCUGGGUCUUGAUCGGAGAUGCGCCCUGAAGAUCCUCCAUCGGCGGCAGUACCUGGCACAGGACAUGCUGGCCCGUGCGAAGCAGGAACGCCAGGUUCUGAAGGCUGCGCGCCAUCCCUUCAUCGUUCGCUUGCUCUGCGCCUUCAGAACACCUGGUGGUGAGAUGGCAUUGGUGAUGGAGUACUGCCCCAACGGCAACCUCAACGAUUUUAUCGUCCGCAACGGCCAACCUGGUCUUCCGGAGGCCUUAUCCCGGAAGCUCAUUGCAGAGGUUCUCCUCGCCCUCGGCUACCUUCACGAUGAGCUUGAUGUGGUCUUCAGGGACCUGAAACCCGAGAACAUCGUGCUAGAUGUCGCCAUGCAUGCCAAGCUGACGGAUUUCGGCCUCGCCAAGGCAGAGGCAAGCUCGGGCACCGGUGCGCGGAGCUUCGUGGGCUCCAUGUUCUUCGUUGCUCCAGAGGUGACGCCUGCGGCAUCUCGUCGCUACGGCCCUGCCGUGGAUAUCUAUGCGCUUGGUCUGGUGGCCUGGGUUGCCUUCACCGGCGGCGUGACGUCGCGAGCCGGGUCUGAGGCCUUCCCGCGAGAGGCGCCUUUGCUGAGUUCCUGCCAGAACCAGCGGCUGCCGCCAGAGAGCCACGAGGCCAUGCGUGCCUGGCUGGAUGAGCGCCGCGAGGAGAGCUUUAGCUUCGGGCCUGGGCCUGGGCCGAAGCAGUCGCCGCGAAUGUCAUCAUUGGCUUUCGCCUUUGUCGACACGACCACUUCCACAGAGCCUUUGCGCCGGGGAUCGGCAUCAGAGCUACGCUACCACCCCUUCUUCGCACAGUCGCCUUUGCACCCGCCCCUGGCAGAGUUCAGCGACUGGGUGGCAUUGCUGCCUUCGGUCGUCGAAGAGGAGGAGCCAAUGUCUCCAGCCAGCGUGAACACUGAGGACUCUUGGUCCUACGGCGCCACCAGAGGAAGUUGA